UCAUUUGUGCUGGUACCACAGCAAUCCAGUGAUGAUCCUGAACUGAGUCUCAAACUAGCGAGGAUAGAAUUGGAGAAUGAAAGGCACAUGAGAGAGCUUAAAGACAAGGAAAGGCAAAUAAAAGAAUAUGAAGAGGAAAUAAUUCUACUCAAAACACAAAAGAGUUAUAGAAAUGAGUUUGAAGCUUGUUCGAGUGAAAAAGAGCGACUGCAAAGAAAUUAUGAUGCUGACAUGGAGAAGUUGAAGGUAGUAAUCAAGAAACAACAUAAUAUAGAGUCUACUCUAAGAAGUGAAUUGAAGGUGCUACAAGACACUGUCACAAAAAUUGAAGCUGAUAAACAAUUGGAAUUAGAAGAACUCAAUGAAUCAAAGAAAAAGCAUGAUGAAAUGGGAAAAAAAAUUGACGAACAAGAGAAAAUUGUCGUUGAACAGAAAAAAGAUAUUGAGACUUUGCAAGUUACUAAUAAAAAGCUCACUGAAGAUGGAAUAAAUAAAGAAAGUGAAUUACAAGACAUCAGAGAUCAUUUACAGAAAGUAGAGGAUAAGCUUGCCAAAAAUAUGGAAGAGAAAGAUGAAGUGAUAGCUAGUCUACAACAAGCGGUUGAAAUAAGAAGUGAAACAGUGUCUCAGAUGAAGCAAGCACUUGAUCAACAAAUGAUGAGGGCUAAUGAACAAUUGGAAGCUAAACAAAAGCAGAUUGAUCAACUAGCUGAGAAAUUACAAGUGGAAGAAGCACUGGUUUGUAGGAUGGCUGAAGGAAGUGCUAGCCAGAAGGAGGCCAAUGACAAAUCAAGUUCUGAUUGGGACUGGCCAACUACUACUUGGUCUACUGAUGCAACAUCAAGAAUUUCAACUUCAAGCCAUUCCUGGACAGAUACUAGUAAAGUUUCUUUGUCGAGCUCGAAAUUUAAAGCUCUCCCCAACCAAUUUAAACACCCUACAAGAUCUAGUAGCAUCGCUGCCGGUAAUAAUAGAGGCACAAAAAUUCCGCAAGAAAAUGACAAACUAACUAUUCAACAGUUAGAGGAAAAAAUUGAAUCUCUUCAGAAAAAGUUGGAAGUGGAAGAACGCUUUGAUAAGCAAUUUACCCUCAAGGGGUGUAUUAAAAAGUUUCAGGAAGAAUAUGAGAAGUUGAAAGCUGAGAAUGUGACACGACAGCUAGCUGAAGCAAGUAAAGAUAUUAAUCAUGAGAGGCAAAGAGUAGAAAAACUAGAAGAACAAGUUAAUGAAAAUCAAAAAGAAUUAGAAAGAAUCAAGAAAGAAAAAGUAGCUGAAGUCAGUGAGCUAGAAGAGAGAAUUCAACAAUAUAAGAAAAAAAUAGAAAAGCAAGAAUUAGCUACUGAUGCAGCACAAAGUGAAGUGGAAUUUCUAAAAAAAGAAGAAGAUAGAUUAAAGAGAAAAAUUGAAGAAUUGGAAGAAGAAUCUCAGAAGACAGCCAUUGAAUCAACACGACAAAUUGAAAAACAAGAGAAGGAGUUUUUGGAGACAGAGAGACGACAAAAUGAAGCACUUACUAGAGACAUCGAACAAUCCGCAAGAGCAGAGCUUAAAAAGCAAGAAGAUGAUUUUAAAUCUCAAUUAAAAGAUAAAGAAGAUGAAAUUUUAAGGGUUUCUAAUCAACUUAAUGAGCAACAGGCAAAGUUUGAAGCUUGUUCGAGUGAAAUAGAGCGACUGCAAAGAAAUUAUGAUGCUGACAUGGAGAAGUUGAAGGUAGCAAUCAAGAAACAAUAUAAUAUAGAGUCUACUCUAAGAAGUGAAUUGAAGGAGCUACAUGAUACUAUUACAAAAAUUGAAACUGAUAAAAGAUUGGAAUUAGAAGAACUCAAGAAAAAGCAUGAUGAAAUUGGAAAAAUACUUGAUGGACAAGAGAAAGUGGUUGAUAAACAGAAACAAGAUAUUGAGACUUUGCAAGUUACUAAUAAAAAGCUCACUGAAGAUGGAAUAAAUAAAGAAAGUGAAGUACAAGACACCAGGGAUCAGUUACAGAAAGUGAAGGAUAAGCUUGCCAAAGAUAUGGAAGAGAAAGAUGAAGUGAUAGCUAGUCUACAACAAGCGGUUGAAGUAAGAAGUGAAACAGUGUCUCGGAUGAAGCAAGCACUUGAUCAACAAAUGAUGAGGGCUAAUGAACAAUUGGAAGCUAAACAAAAGCAGAUUGAUCAACUAGCUGAGAAAUUACAAGUAGAAGAAGCACAGAGUGCAAUUUACAAGCAAGACUUUGAAACUGAAAGAAACGAUCGACAGAAGUUACAUCAAUCAUUAACUGAUUUGCAAGCUCACUGUGAGUAUUUGAAACUGAGAUUAACUGAAGAAGAGGAGAAGUUUACUACUGCACAAGGGAAGUAUCAUGAAUUGCAGCAACAAAAUGCAGCUGAUAAAGAACAGAUUGACGAAUAUUCUAAGCUCAUUGCAUCUUUUACAGAUGAGGAAGAGAAAACUAAAAGAGAAUUUAAAAAAGCAAAAGAACAGUUUUCUAAGGAAAAGACAAAACUGGAAAAAGUACAUGAAUAA